CCUCCGCUCAGCUGAGAUGGAAUGCAGCGUCAAACGCGGACCUCGGAGGGGAGGGAGGGCGCGACGACAAGGAAGGGAGUCCCGACGUUGAAAGCACGCGGAGGGAGAGGCAGACGCGCUCGGGCCCUGGCGCAGACGUCGGGAAGCGAUGCAGACGGGAGCGUCCGCAUUGCCCCUCUCAUUGAUUUGUAUAUGAAAACAUAGUGCUUCUUUUUGCUCCCCCUCCCCUCCCCUCCUCACCCCUCCCUCCCCUCCCCUCCCCUCCUCUCCCCCAUGCUCCCCCUUUCUGCUUCCCGUUGAGUGAUCAUCUGAUGAAGAGACUAGCAGCUCGCUGCUAUGCGGGCUUGCUAAUUCUCUCCCCCGCCGCCGCCGCCGCCGCCGCCGCCGCCGCCGCGCUGGAUCCUGCAGACCGCGCUCAGUUUUAAGUCAUUGGAACCUCUCUCCCGGUCCCCCUCCCCCCCUCCACCCCUCCCCGCCCCGCCACAGCCGGAAGCCGGCGGGAAGAUGGAAGAGGACGACGGCGGCCUGAAGAAGCGCAAACACGACGAACGACGUGACAAGGCGGCGGCGGGGCACGACACCGCCGGCGAAAAAGUCAAACGGAAACGAGGGCGACCGCCCGCCGAGAAGCUCCCCCCGAAUCCGCCCGAGCUCACCCGGCAACUCAGCACCCUGGUCGACAUGGUGGUCAACUACAAGGACGGUUUGGGUCGACAGAUCAGCAAAGGCUUCGUGCAGCUCCCUUCCAGGAAGGAAGCCCCCGAGUACUACGAGCUGAUCCGAAAGCCCGUGGACUUCCGCCGGAUCAGGGAGCGAGUGCGAAACCACAAGUACAGAAGUGUGGGCGACCUGGAGAAGGACAUUUUCUUGUUGUGUCACAACGCUCAGACCUACAACCUGGAAGGAUCUCAGAUCUACGAGGACUCCAUCGUCAUCAAGUCCGUCUUCGAGAGCGCCCGGCUGAGAAUCGCGGCCCACGAGGAGCCCGAGCAGACGGUCGCCGGCGGCAACGGCCGUGCCGCCCGACACCCGGAAGGAGCGCUGGAUCACGAGGAGCGGAGUCGCAAUCUCACGGCCAACAGGACGCCUUUCUACCAAGACCGGGAUGCCGAGGAAAACCUCUCCAAGGAUGAAAGUUGAACGGUUGUCGGGAAGACUUGGAGUCCAUUUGUUUCUUCGUCAUUAUUCUUAACCAACACCCCCCCCCCCCCCCCCCAAAAAAAACAACAACAACAACAAAAAACUCAGCCGCAGAAGAAACGUGUCGAGAAGCCAAGCCUGAAAAGACACAAGUCUGCCAUUGUGGUUCCAAGCGGCCAUUUUGGCCAUUUUUGAGGGUCCUUCAAAGACUACUCGAGAUUUUCUUCGAUUGCUAUUAAAUAUCAAUCACAAGUACAGCGGUACCUUGCCUUUUUUGGGCUAGCCAAAAUUUGAGGUACCACCCAGUCAGCAAACCGACGUCGCCCUGAUGUCGCACGGAGAAAAAUCGAAAAUGACCAGCAUACGACAUCUGAACGAUUCAAGAUGGCGCGCGGGCCAGCGUGGUUCUACUCCACUGCACAGCUCAGUGCUGCAUUCACUUGCCCAAGGUGCGCCGGAAAUUCCGCCACUGUAUAAAAUCGCCCCAUAGAGCAACACAGGUCGCUGCAAUACAUUUUACUAUCCAAUGUCAAAAGCAAUACGGACUUGUUAAAAUAACAACCUUCAGUAAAAAAAAAUAAUAAUAAAUUAAUGAACAUAAAUAACAGCAAGAUCAGCACCCGAUUCCUCCACUGACAGCCUGCAGAAGGAAAAAAAUAAAAAAUAAAUAGCAGUCACAUGACUUCAAUAUCUCACAUCAUCGUGUAAAUUUUGUCAUUUAAACCACGUGUCAAACCGACCGGGGCUAUUUUUUGGUGUUGACACACGGAUUUGUUUUGCGUGACAUCACCUGUUAGACGGAACCGCACACGACAAACUAUCAUUAAUGUCGGAUUAAAACAGAACAAAAGUGUGGAGAAAAAAAAUGGAAAAGAAAGGCAAUCCUCACAAAACAUUGCCGGCUAGUAAAUCAGAUGCACAGCGAUUUAUAUUGUGUAGUACUAGUCAGCGAAAACCACAGUUAGCUGGUCGAGUUACCUUUUAAUAAACGUGUAAAGAUGGAUGCGGCCUCCUGGCGCACUCGCUUUGUUCCUGCUGUAACACGAGACGUCAUCAUCUGUGGCAACAUUGUCGUUUGAAUUGAAAUGAUCAUUGACCUGGAAAAUGCCGGUGCGUUCGCCAACACAGCUGUGAACCGGUCAAAAUUGCCGCCUACACAGGACAGGACAGGACAGGACAGGACGCGAUUGGCUAACGUGAUAUACAAUGAGAAGUUCGCAAGGAGCUAAAAGUAGGCAAUAAUUCAUCACCCACUAGGCCCCGCCCAUUAAAGGCACACACACAACACUACCGUUUUUGCCCAACAUACAGUAAUUACACUUUAAGAAGGUAAACAGUUGAUUUCUUUACAUUCUCUUUUGUCGUGUUUUAUGUUUUUGUACAAUACAGUUCUAUUUGUCUUUAUUAAAAACACAACAUAAAAUGGUGAUGAUUUUUGGGUCCUUUCAAUGGGGAACGGUGAUUUUGAAUGCAACUUGUAAGUCAAGGUACUGCUGUACUGGACAGAUUCCCUUCAGAUUCUGUGGACCGGCAUCGAGGCCUCGAUUUCACGGUCUCGCCGUGAACUCGCUUGUGUUUUUUUGCUGCGAAAUGGCUCGCUCAUUCUUCGCCGCUCUAAUCGUUCUUUACCAUUCAUCUGCUGCAGAUGCGACGUGAAACCAAACCAAACCAAAAUACUGCUUUAAGGAGCGUUUUCAAUCUGCGCGUUUGUAUGAAACGCCUUCACUGGGGUGGUCGCAGCAAGUGGACAAAACGUAUUGGGACACAAUCCCAACUUGCGGGAGUUUGAAAAUCUCGCUAAAACCGAGCUAGGAGUCUCAAUAUUUGUGUCCAUGUUGUGGAGCAUCAAAGACAUUCUGAGGUGUGAGGACUGCAAGAAUCCGGGCACACCAAUGUGAUUAUUAUUAUUAUUUUUAUUUUUUUUCCUAUUUGGACUUUGAAUGUGAAUUCCCAGCAGACACAUCUUGUACACAUUGUAUGUGAAGCGUGUUGUCGGCGACGACGUCCAUGACAAUCCCUGGAAACAUGUACUGUAUCUGUUCAACUGUUAAUACAUUUGAUCAAAAACCGC